AUGGCCAACACAACAACUGCCAUCUUCUCCAUGGUUUUUUCUUCCCCGGCUGUUUUCAGUGCCUUGGAGAUGGGGAACUGCUGGCUGUCGCUAACACUGUGUUGCUUGUUUGGGGGCCUUAACGGAACGUUUGUGACAAGGAACUCCAGGCCCAAUAUUGUCCUUUUAAUGGCGGAUGACCUUGGAGUGGGGGACUUAGGCUGCUAUGGCAAUUACACCAUGAGCACACCCAACAUCGACCGCCUGGCGAGGGAGGGAGUAAAGCUCACGCAGCACCUGGCGGCCGCCUCUGUCUGCACCCCGAGUCGGGCUGCCUUCCUGACUGGCCGGUACCCCAUCAGAUCAGGAAAGUGGCACCAAGGCCUGAGCUGUGCGUCCCGGGAUGAUCACUGUUACCACCCCCUGAACCACGGGUUCGACUACUUCUACGGGCUGCCCUUAGGCCUUCUGAGCGACUGCCAAGCAUCCGAGACACCGGAGCUGCACAGCCGGCUCAGGGUCCAGCUCUGCGUGGCCACGGCAGGCAUCGGCCUCGCCUCUCUCCUGCUCCUUGUCCCCAAGCUCGCCGGCUGGCUCGCGGUCCCCUGGACGGUCAUCGUGACCGUCGCACUGCUCGCCCUCCUGUUUUUCGCGUCCUGGUACGCCAGCUACGGCUUCACUCGGCGAUGGAACUGCGUCCUGAUGAGAAACCACGAAAUCCUCCAGCAGCCGAUGCGAGAAGACCAAGUCUCCAUGCUCAUGCUGAAGGAAGCCCUGAGCUUCAUCGACAGGUAUAAACAUGGGCCUUUCCUGCUGCUUUUUUGUUUUCUGCACGUCCACACGCCACUGACCACCCAGGAGAAGUUUGUGGGGCACAGUAAACACGGACGGUACGGUGACAACGUCGAAGAGAUGGAUUGGAUGGUGGGUAAGAUCCUGGAGGCCCUGGACCAGGAGCGCCUGACCAAGCACACGCUGGUGUACUUCACCUCGGACAACGGGGGCCGUCUGGAGGCCGGCGGGGCCCAGCUGGGCGGCUGGAACGGGCUCUACAAAGGUGACACCGUUGGUUUCCGUCUCUUCUGCUGUGGUGUCUCGUUCUCCCCAGAGGGCGCUGGGGCCUGCUAUGGGAGUGACAUGUGCUCCUGCACCACGGACGUGACCUACCACGACCCUCCCCUCCUGUUUGACGUCUCGCGAGACCCUUCUGAGGUGCGACCUCUCAGCCCUGACAAUGAAGCGUUAUUCCACUCCGUGGUCCAGAAAGUCGAGGCGGCCGUAAAGGAGCAUCGCAAGACACUCACGCCAGCCCCACUGCAGCUGUCGGUGUUCAACACGCUUUGGAAGCCGUGGCUGCAGCCCUGCUGUGGGACAUUCCCUUUUUGUGGGUGUGACAAAGAAGACGACAUUAUCCCCAACGCUUGAAGAGCAGGAAAGGACCACUUGCUACCAACCACCGACUCACUGUUACAAAGCUCGUCAGAGCCAUUCUCAGCUGACUCAUCCACCCCGUUUGGGAUCGGAAACGAUGUCUUCCACCCGUUUUUUGUUUUUUUUUCGA